AUGGUGGGUUCCAAGAUGAAGAAAGAAGAUGUAGUUCCUGGUUUAAUCGACAUAGUCCUCUCUUGGUCCUUACCUGAUAUAAUGACCCAACACCUUUACGGAGACAAGUUAAAUCCGAUCCCGGACACUUUCACCUCUGCGAAACAUUACCUGAACUCGUUCGUGCUCCCACUCAUCGAGGAGACACGUGCCGACCUUCGUUCGUGCGUGGAGGGCGUGCACUCGGCCCCGUCUCGUAAAAUACACGGCGUGAAAAUGCGCAAGAAAUUAGAAACCGAAACUUCCAAGAACUCCUUUCUGUACCAGUUGACUCUGGAGAGGAGCAUAAACCCGGGGGCCUACGAACCCUCGUGCGGGGAUCUGAUCGCGCUAACCGAGAUGAGACCAAAUUGUGUCGAUGACUUGAACGGGCGUAAAAGACAGUAUCUCGUUGCUUUCGUUAGACGUGUACUGUAUGGAGGCAUUGUCAUUACUGUCCUGUCCUCCCAACCCAUUUCCUUCCAGAGAAAGCUGGACCCGCUCUUUGCCGUUUAUCUUACCAAUUUAACGACCAACAUCCGAAUAUGGACUGCGCUGCACCCGGGUGAAGGAGCGAAUAUGAGGAUCAUUAACUCCGUGCUCUGUGUUAAUCCAUCUAUAGAAGAGAAGUGCACUAUUUGCUCCUCCAAUGAAAGGGAAGCAGCUGAUUUGCUCGGUCUCAACGACUCCCAGCGGAAUGCCAUUGUGGACAGCCUGGCUUUAGCAGAAUGCCGCCACCUCAACACCGUGAAGCUUCUGUGGGGCCCGCCAGGGACUGGGAAGACGAAAACAAUCGCCACGCUGGCAUCUGCCCUGCUCAAGAUGGGGAAGAGAGCGCUGGCGUGCGCCCCGACCAACGUGGCUGUCAUGGGAAUCGCGAAGCGACUGAUGACCUGUCGUCUAGGUGGGGGGAAUAAUAAUCCAGUGCAUGCCGCGUACGGUAUGGGGGACGUGGUUUUGUUCGGGAACGGAAAGAGAAUGAUGAUAGAUGAGCACGAGGAUCUUCACGAUGUGUUUCUCGAUAGCCGUGUGUCUGCACUGAUUAAGUGUUUGAACCCCUUGUCCGGGUGGACGGGUAGUGUUGAUCAGAUGGUGGGCCUACUUGAGUAUCCAAGAGAACACUACCGACAGUACUUGGCCCAACAGAAGCCCAAAAGUGAUGAUGAUAAGGAGAAAUGUGACGAAAAGGAAGCAAUAUUGAAUGUUCAAUUGACGUUUGAGGAGUUUGUAAUGAAGACUUUUGCUGCUGUUAGAGACCGGUUAAUCUUUUGUAUAACAGGGUUUUGUACUCAUUUACCGACGUCUUUUCUUCCUCCGGAGACCGUAAAGAGAAUGAUUGAUAUUCUUGACAUGCUGAAACAGUAUAAUGCUUCCCUGCAUAAUGCGGAUAAAGGCAAUAAAGGGUGUUUGGAGGAAGCUCUGAUCAGGAUAAAGUGCCUGAACACACUGAAGUUCCUUAGAGAAUAUCUCCAGGUCCCGCGUCGUAAAGGAUAUCAUGGAAUGAAGAACUUUUGUCUGCAAAACGCGUGCUUAAUUUUCUGCACCGUCUCGAGCUCGGCAAAGCUGCACACGAAAAAAAUGAAACCGUUUGAAAUGGUGAUAAUCGAUGAAGCUGCACAGCUUAAAGAAUGUGAAUCGUGUAUUCCAUUGCAGCUUAAUGGAGUCCGGAAUGCCAUACUUGUUGGCGAUGAGAAACAACUUCCUGCAAUGGUCAUCAGCAAGACUUGUGAGAAAGCGGGUUUCGGGAGGAGUUUAUUCCAGAGGCUUGUGAUGUUAGGGCACGGCAGGCAUCUGCUUGACAUUCAGUACAGAAUGCAUCCAUCCAUAAGUUUGUUCCCGAAUAAGGAGUUCUACGGGGAACAGAUUACGGAUGGCCAAAAUGUCACUGAAAAAGCAUACGAAAAGUGCUUCCUAAAAGAACAACAGUUCGGUUCGUAUUCUUUCAUUAACGUGACUCACGGGAGGGAGGAGUUUGAUAGAAGGCAAAGCUGGAUAAAUACAGCAGAGGUGUCUGUGGUGGCUCAGAUAGUCUCCAGACUCAAAUGUCGUAACUCAAAGCAAAAGGUCCGAGUCGGAUGCCUGUCUCCAUACAAAGGCCAGGUUGCUGCAAUUCAGGAAGCACUUGGAAAUACAUACAGCACAGACCCAAAACACGAGUUUUCAGUUAACGUGCGCACGGUUGAUGGAUUUCAAGGUGGGGAAGAGGAUGUGAUCAUAAUCUCGACCGUUAGGUGCAAUAGGAAUGGAUCUGUUGGCUUUCUCGACAAUCAUAACAGGACAAAUGUGGCCUUGACUCGAGCAAGGUACUGUCUGUGGAUAAUAGGCAAUAGCUCAACUCUGUUAAACAGCGGCUCAGUUUGGCAGAAGUUGGUUAUGAACGCGAAAAAUCGUGGCUGUUUUUAUAAUUCUUAUGAGGAUGUGGACUUGGCUAUGGGGGUUGGUGACGCCUUAAUUGAGCUUCGCCAGCUGAAUUCGCUGUUCAGUACGGAGUCUGUACUGUUCAAAGAGGCUAAGUGGAAGGUUUGCUUCAGUCGCGAAUUCCAUCAGUCGAUUAGUAGAUAUCGUGACUUGGGAAUCCUCAAAGAAGUGUUUGCUCUACUGGUGAAGCUUUCGAACGGGUGGCAUCGGAAGAACAAAGUCGAGACAGGUGAGGACACUUGUCAGCUUCUGGAAUUGUGUGAUGUCAAGGGCCCGCUAAAACUGAUUUGGACAGUCGACAUUCUCAGAGAAAAUUCGACCGACACGCAAGUCAUCAAGAUUCUUGAUAUCCUGCCGCAAUCUGAGAUAGCAGAAAUGGUGAAAAAGUUCAAUGUCACGUUGGGAAAUUACACCGUGAAUCAGAUGAACCGUUGUCUGUGCAAGCAAACUGAAGGGGAUUUGUUGGUCCCAAUGACGUGGCCAGUUGAUGCGACCUCGGGAAGCAGUGAGCUAGCCACCCGACUAGCCGCUAUCAGCUUGAGGGAUGAUGAGCCAGCUAGACCAGUAAAUCCGAUACCGGACACUUUCACCACAGCACGACAGUACCUGAACUCGUUUAUCGACCCGCUUAUCGAAGAGACACAUGCCGACCUGCAUUCGAGCCUGAUGGGUUUGCAUUCGGCACCAUUGUGCGAAAUAUCCGAUGUGAAAAAGGGCAAAAAAUUCAAUCCUCCCAAGACCUUGGUGUACUCUAUUACAACCUUGAAAAAAGCUGACCAAAAAGCAAGGACUACGUACGAGCCUCAGUGUGGGGAUUUGUUUGCUCUAACAGAGGUCAGACCAAAGUGUGUCGACGACUUGAACGGGCGUCAAAUGUCUUAUGUUAUUGCUUUAGUUAAUGUCGUAAAGGAAGACGAGAUCACUAUACUCUCCUCCAAACCUAUUGCUUUUGAAAAAGCAGAUGAGGAAAAUGGCAAGAAGGGGCCCCCACUCUUUGCUGUGUAUCUUGCAAACUUGACGACAAACCGGCGCAUAUGGAACGCGCUGCAUCCGGACGAAGGAGCAAAUAUGAAAAUCAUUGAAUCCGUCCUCAAAGUUUAUCCAACAACAAAAGAUAAAUGUCCCAUUUGCCCCUCAAUGAUGGCAAUAACUGCUGCUGCUGACUUGCACGGUCUCAACGACUCCCAACGAGAAGCCGUCAUCGACAGCCUGGCGCUGGCACAAUGCGGUCACCGGAUCACAGUGAAGCUGAUGUGGGGCCCACCAGGGACCGGGAAGACUAAAACGGUCGCCACCCUCGUAUCCGCCCUGCUCAAAACAAGACACAGGACAUUAGCCUGUGCGCCUACGAACAUAGCUAUUAUCGGAGUCGCAAAGAGGCUGGUGACCUGUCUGCUUGGGAUAAAUUCAAUUCCAGCUGGGCAUGACACGUACGGACUCGGGGACGUGAUCCUGUUCGGAAACGGGAAAAGAAUGAAAAUAGACGAGCACGAGGAGCUGCAUGAUGUAUUUCUUGAUGACCGUGUGUCCGUAUUGGCUAAAUGUUUUGCCCCGAUAACGGGAUGGAAGGGCAGCCUGAAUGAGAUGAUCAACCUACUUGCGGACCCCAUUGGCCAGUACCAAAGGUACCGAGAUGGCGGAAGUGAUGAUGAAGAGGAUGAUGCAUCCAAGCCAUCGAGCGGGUGGUUGAGUUGGUUUUGGAGGAAGUUAAUCAUUCAAGAUGUGAAGGAAAUGAAGAAGAAGAUUCCGCGACCCCAGAAAGUCGAUGCACAGUACUGGACAUUCGAGGAAUUUGUUACAAAUACAUUUAUAGCCGUUCGAGAUCGUCUAAUCGAUUGUGAAGCUGGGCUGUCCACUCAUCUCCCUACUUCAUGUCUUUCAUUGGAAAUUCUUAAGAAGAUGAUUGAAGUCCUCGACAUGCUCAGAUUGUUUGAAACUCACCUGCUUAUAAAUGCGGGUUUUGGCAACAAUCUUCAUUUUGAGCAAGCUUUGGUCGGAUCAGAAAAUGCUACUUUGUGUAAGAUAAGGCUAGAGUGCCUGAAUGGACUGAGAUUCCUCAGAGAAAAAUUCCAGGUCCCUCUACUUCAAGAAUAUUUUGCAAUCAAGCAGUUUUGCCUGCAAAAUGCGUGCUUAAUUUUUUGCACCGUCUCGAGCUCAGCCAAGUUGCACACGGAGGGAAUGACACCAUUAGAGCUUGUGAUAAUAGAUGAGGCUGCACAGCUCAAAGAGUGUGAAUCGUGUAUUCCCUUGCAGCUUAACGGAGUCCGACAUGCCAUUCUCGUUGGUGACGAGAAACAACUUCCUGCAAUGGUCAUCAGCAAGAUCUGUGAGAAAGCUGCCUUCGGGAGGAGUUUAUUCGAGAGGCUUGUGAUGUUAGGACACGGCAAGCACCUGCUCAACGUACAGUACCGAAUGCAUCCCUCCAUAAGUUUGUUCCCUAAUAAGGAGUUCUAUGCGAAACAGAUUAGCGACGGCCUAAAUGUCACUGGAAAAGCUUAUGAAAAGCGGUUUUUGAAAGAAAAGCUGUUUGGUUCAUAUUCUUUCAUUAACGUGACACACGGGAAAGAGGAGUUUGACAGUCGGCAUAGCCGGAAAAACGUAGCCGAGGUGUCUGUGGUGGCCCAGAUAGUCUCCAGACUCAUCGAUGGCUUUCAAGGUGGUGAAGAGGAUGUGAUCAUAAUCUCGACCGUAAGGUGCAAUGGAAAUGGAUCUGUUGGCUUUCUCGACAAUCAUAACAGGACGAAUGUAGCCUUGACUCGAGCAAGGUACUGUCUGUGGAUAAUAGGCAAUAGCUCCACUCUGUUGAAUAGUGGCUCAGUUUGGCAGAAGUUGGUUAUAAAUGCAAAAAACCGUGGCUGUUUUUAUAAUGCUUACGAGGACGUGGACUUGUCGAUGGCUGUUGGUAAUGCCUUAAUCGAGCUACGCCAGCUGGAUUCGUUGUUUAGUAUGGACUCUGUACUGUUCAAAGUGGCUAAGUGGAAGGUUUGCUUCAGUCGCGAAUUCCAUCAGUCGAUUACUAGAUAUCGUGACUUGGGAAUCCUCAAAGAAGUGGUAGCUCUACUGGUGAAGCUUUCAAACGGGUGGCGCCAGAAGAACAAAGUCGAGACAGGAGAGGACACUUGUCAGCUUCUGGAACUGUGUGAUGUGAAGGGCCCGCUAAAACUGAUUUGGACGGUCGAUAUUCUCAGAGAAGAUUCAACCGACACACAAGUCAUCAAGAUUCUUGAUAUCCUGCCACAAUCCGAGAUAGCAGAAAUGGCGAAAAAAUUCAUUGUUAUGUCGGAAAAUUACACCGUGGGUCAGAUGAACCGUUGUCUGUGCAAGCAAACUGAUGGGGAUUUGUUGGUCCCAAUGACAUGGCCAGUUGAUGUGAAGGCGGGAAGUGGUUAUUCAAGUAGUGAGCUGGCUACUCAACUAGAAGCUAUUGGUUUGAGGGCAAGUGGUUAUUCAAGUAGUGAGCUGGCUACUCAACUAGCAGCUAUUGGUUUGAGGGAUGAGCCAGCUGGAUCAUUCACUACAAGAAGCCUUUUUAGUUCUUUGGUCAAGAUGAAAUGGCCUGUUAAUCCUCAGCAGCAACUUUUUGUUUCUUUUUCUGCGAGGCUGCAUAUCGCCCCACCGUUGAAAGUUGCUUCGCUGUCCAGCAUCACUGCGUUAAACCUCGCCGUAAGUACAUUUCUUGAUUUUCUAUUUUCUUUGCCAAUUUUAUUUUGCCCUUCUCACUUCUCCCUCUUUUCUCGUGAUUAUAAUAAUGGUGGUUGCAUAUUUGGUUGGAUUUUCUUUGCCCUCUUGCGAGAUAAAGUGAAAUCCGCCCGGUCCCCGGUUGUUCUUGAACAAAUCCAGUGCUUCCAGUCGGUAAACCCUCCGUUUCUUGAGUUAAUUGACGGGUUUCUUUUCUUUUCCCUCUCCAGUAUAAUAUUGCGAAUUCUUCUUUUUAUCUCCGGGACAAAGUGA